AUACAGGGGAGCCAACAGAACGGCGUGACAUUCGCAGCUAGCUUCACGUUGACUGUGCUCCACAAACAGCCGCAGUAUCGACAAACGUUCACAAAACGUUUAGACGUAACAACCAUAGUGUCACUUCUCUUCUUAUUUCAUUAACUACACCAUUCAAAACUUCAAUUUUCCUUCGUUUUUAGUUGUAUAAGUGUUAAGUGUUACCGUUAUUAUGUUAAAGUAAUUCAUAGUGCCGCAUAAUCGUACAUAUUUUCAAGCAAUUACGUAAUGGGAAUUAUGCUAGACAAGUUUAAAGUUUUGCCCUGAAAUUCAACAUGGCCGCUGACACAGGGAUGGAUACUUGCCCCAGUCCGGAAAUCACGGACUCGAGGAAACGGCCGCUCGACGGCGACUCGGAAAAUGGAGACGUAAAGCGAUCACACUUUAGCUCGGUGCAAGACUUGGUGACCGCAUUGCCUCUGGCCAACGGCCAUGGCAAUAUUACGUCUCAUUUCGCCGUGGAGCCGACAUACCACUUCAAGGUGCUGGUGCCGUCCAUGGUGGCCGGCGCCAUCAUCGGCAAGGGUGGCGAGACCAUCGCCCAGCUGCAAAAAGACACUGGCGCCAGGGUCAAGAUGUCCAAGUCCCACGACUUUUAUCCUGGAACUACGGAGCGAGCAUGCCUGAUCACCGGCUCAGUCGAGGGCAUCAUGGUCGUCCUGGACUUCAUCAUGGACAAAAUCAAGGAGAAGCCUGAGCUCGUCAAACCAUUCCCAGAGGGUGUCGACACCAAGAUGCCCCAGGAUAGAGACAAGCAGGUGAAGAUCCUGGUGCCUAACUCAACAGCUGGCAUGAUCAUCGGCAAAGGCGGCAACUACAUCAAGCAGAUCAAGGAACAGAGUGGCAGCUACGUGCAGAUCUCGCAAAAAGCUAAGGAGCUGUCGCUGCAAGAGAGAUGCAUCACCGUUGUGGGUGAGAAAGAGAACAACAAGAAGGCCUGCGUGAUGAUCCUGCAGAAGGUCGUGGACGACCCGCAGUCCGGGUCCUGCCCCAACGUGUCGUACGCGGACGUGGCGGGGCCCGUGGCCAACUACAACCCCACCGGCUCGCCCUACGCCGUGCCCACCGCUGAGGUGAAAGAGAACCACGCGCUGAGCGGCGUGGGAGGAGGCGUGGGCGGCGUGCUGGUGAACGGCGCGGGCGUGGGCGGCGUGGCGGGCGGGCUGGGCGCGCUGUCGCUGUCUCUGUCGCUGGCGCCGCCCGGCUCGCAGCCGCCCGCGCCGCUCACGCAGCACACGCUGGACCACAUCAAGGCCGCGCUGCGCCAGGCCGGCUACAGCGAGGCCGGCAUCUCGGAGAUUGGCGCGGCGCUGGCGCUGCUGGUGAAGCACGGCGUCCUGGGGCUGGCGCUGCCGGCCGCGCUGCCGGCGCCGCCGCUGUCGGCCGCCUACUUCCCGCUGCCGGCGCAGGACCCGCCCACCGUCUUCGGGCCCAUCGGCCAAGUGCCGCUCGGCGGCGCGCGCGGCGGCUCCUUAGAGCGUUUCGCGGAGGUUGCAUUCGAGGCGCUUCGCCCCCCAGCCGUGGCGCCUAUCUCGCUGUCGGCCGGCGUGGGCAGCGUGGGUGGCGUGGGAGGCGUGGGCGGCGUAGCUGGCUUCCCCUCUGCCUCGCUGCUGCCGCUGUCCAAGAGUCCCACGCCCGCCGACGCGGGAGCCAAGGACUCCAAGAAUGUCGAGAUUGCAGAGGUCAUCGUCGGGGCUAUACUCGGCCCCGGCGGGCGCAGCCUGGUGGAGAUCCAGCAGAUGUCGGGCGCCAACAUCCAGAUCUCUAAGAAGGGCACGUUCGCGCCCGGCACCCGCAACCGCAUCGUCACCAUCACGGGCACCGCCACGGCCAUCAGUAACGCGCAGUACCUCAUCGAGCAGAAGAUCCAGGAGGAGGAGCUCAAGCGCACGCGCCACAACGCCAUCUCCGGCCUCAUGCAGUAACCGCCGCCACCCGACCGACUACACUCUGUACAUUUCUUGUAUUUCGUUCUAGCGUAGUGUCUAGUUCUAGUCAAACACUGUUGGAUCACAGACCGUCUGCGUCGCUCGGUCACCUUAAACUAUUGGCGCGAGUUACCUGACUCUAGUUAAGAAGUUUUGUUUUGUUUUAAUCUGACGGAGGAUAUAAUUUAUGCAGCUGUAGGCACGCCCCGCCGGGGCCCCGGCCGCCACUGUACGGGGCCCCGCCGCUCACUUUACGUUCUUAUCGUGAUGACAAGUCAUUAUUUUGUUCUGCCUAGCAGACGUUAUUGUUGUUUAAGAUAUAAUAAUGAAAAUAUUGUGAUAUCUCCUAUCACGGAAAUUCCUAUUCCAUACACAUAUUAUUUUUGUAUAUUAUUCACCACAGCAUACAUUUUUUUAUUUACAAAGUUGAGUUCAUUGUAAAUGUUACCAUUGAUAAGUUAUUUUUCUUUAGUUUAUUAGGAUUAGUGAUGUGGUUAAUUAAUGAAUAAUAAACGUACGCACGCGCGACGUCCCGCGGGCGACGUCGCCGGCGUCAUACGCAACCUGUGGGAGUUUAGGAGCUGAGUCCUACCAAAGUUUUAUUUACUGACAAGCUGCCGCAAGCAUCGACUUGGUCACCCUCUACCGAGUGCUCCGACUGAAUCGUUCACUUCGUCCUCUGUUCAGUCCGACACUACAGGCCGGGCAUGUUGCAAUAGUCGCCGGUAGAGGGCCACUCGCCACGUGCCCAGUCUACACUCGAGUCUCGCGCGGGGCUGGGUACUAAUUUGGCGAGCAGUUGUUCAUUCCUGAUUUCUCUCGGUAAAGAUCUUUAUUUUUUUAUACAUUUAUAAAACAAAAUGAAAAUAUCUAAUCGUUUUUAAAUAUUUUUUUUAUUAGGAAUGUUUCAUAGUUAUUGAUUUGUUGUCGGUCUAAAUUUGUCUUACGAUAUAAGUACAAUUUAAAUAAUAAUAAUAAUAGUAAAUGCAUGUCCAGACUAGUAGGUGAAAAGUAAUAAGAAAAUAUUUUAAACAUUUUAAAUGCAGAUUUCUAUAUAUCGAGAUGACAAUAUAAAUGAUAUAUUCUUAUUUACAGUUACUAUAUUGAUUGAAUAUUUUAUUUUUGCGCCGUCGUUUAACCAAGACGUUCUUUUAGUGUCUGUUAGUGUCCACACGACGGCCACUGCCGGCAGCCUGCAGCCGGCGCGACCUGGCUGGCCGGCCGGCGCGACCUGGGGGCUUACUCUUGAAUACAAUUCCGAUCGAUCGACAUUGGUAUUGUGAAAUUUCGUACUCUUGAUUUGCAACUCUAGCGCCCAUUGCAUCCGCAUUGCGUGGUUAUUUAAUAAACUAAAUGGUAUUGAGUUUGGCUUUAGAUUCCGUACUCUGAAUGCUAUUGUAACAGCUACGAUAAGGGUUGUAUAGUUUUGACAUUGAAUAAUUAUUGAGAUUUUAUUGGAUUAAAAUUGCAUUGACAUUGAGAUUGGUUUCAAGAGUAAGCACCCUGGCUGGCCGGCCGGCGCGACCUGGCUGGCCGGCCGGCGCGACCUGGCUGGCCGGCCGGCGCGACCUGGCUGGCCGGCCGGCGCGACCUGGCUGGCCGGCCGGCGCGACCUGGCUGGCCGGCCGGCGCGACCUGGCUGGCCGGCCGGCGCGACCUGGCUGGCCGGCCGGCAGCGGCCUGCGUGUGAUGUAGCGUUACAUAAUAUUAUAAACUGUGAUUGUUUUCGUCGACAUUGUCAAGGUACUACGUGUCAGUCUCCACUUAGUGUAGAAGCCGUUCGGUACUUCGUCGGAGGGUAGUUAUAAGUUGUGUUUGUUUACCUCAGAAGUGCCAUCGUUCUAGAUACAGGAUUAGUGAGGUGAGCCUCUCGACAUGUUCAAUGUUUCACACGACUACUUGCUGUCUAACUACUUCGGGCCCACGUUGGGCGCCAACGCGUAAUGCGGUAACAUGAUAAUGCAGAUAGUCUACUACUGGUUGACUCACGAAGGCGGUGACUACAUCAAAUGUGAAUAAACGUAUGAAGUACAAAAGAAAACGUAUUCAUAAUAAAUGAUAUAAUAAUUUGAAAUCGGCUUAAUGAUGAAAGUUAAUGUACGAUGAUAGUGUUUAAGGAAUCGGAAUUGAGAGACAAUUUCUCAGCUAAUUCAUUCACAAUUACGCGAUUAUAAUAAUAAAAAUUAUAAUAUAAAUAUUUUAACUAAUUAAUAAUUAGGGAAGUGAGCACGUUCUAUUCGCCAUAACCUCGUACUUCCGUGAGAGUGAAAUAAUAGUAAUGUAUCGUUGUAAGCUGCGCCGUAGCGAGCGCGCCUGCGACUGGCAGCUCGGCCAGGCGCCCGCCACUCGGCAUUACUUGUGGAUAUUGUUAACUGAUCUAUUACAUAUAUACGUGUGUUAUGUAGUUAACAUUCGCAGUGUAGUGUGGCAUUACAGUAGCUAGUUUAUAUUUAUAUAAUAUUCAAUCUUUAAAGUAUAUACAUAAGUAAAGCUGUUGGAUACAUUUCCGGUGUUUUCGAAUUUUCUCAUCUUAACUAUGUAUAAUGGGGGUAGGUACAGAUAUCGUCUUGUGUCAAUUAAUUAAUACGUCUGUGCGUUCGCGGUGGCUAUAACCGGGGAACUGAGGGGGUGAGGGGUGAGGGGGGGUAUUGCGUACGGUAUGGGCAGACACAUCGGCGGUACGUCGCGGCGGAGGGUGAGUGACCGCGAGUGACCGCGAGGGACCGCGAGUGACCGCGAGGGACCGCGAGUGACCGCGAGCACACAGACGGUCGUGUCGGCCGCGGCCAGAACGCGAAUCGCCUGUCACGUCGAUUUAACAAGCUCAAUUUUAAUCGCAACUAAAUCUUGAUUAGUCGGUACGUAUAAGUCAAAUGCGUCAAUUAAAAGAAAUGUAUGGUUUCCAAAAAAAUGAAAUAUCAUUUCACGGUUCGGGCGAGCUCUGGGGGGUAGACAUAGUUUCAGUCUUGUUUCUUCACUCUCUCUUUCUCUCUUUCUUAGUGACUGUGUUGUUAGUGGGCGCGGCGGCCGCGUGGUCUGUCGGACGACUGCACGCGCUGCGCCAUCGCGACUCGGGACGACCGCCGCGCCGACACUUAUUUAACAAUGGAACUCUAGUUAGUUAUAAUUAACAUGUUUAAAAUCAAUAUAAUUAGAUAAUUUUAAAAUUACUGGGAAAAUGUUAAUGUUGUUAUACUGAAGUUGUUACAAUAUUUGAGAGUAUAUUAACGUGAAUACAAAAUAUUUUAAGUGCGGUAAUCAUUAUCCGGAUAGUUUAUCGCGUGGCAAGAUAAUAACCAGUAGAUGUUCGUUCAUCGCCCCGACCCACGUACUCGGCACACGCAGAAGGCGGCCCGCGAGCCGCGCCAUCCGCACCUCCACCGUCACUGUGUAAUGCUGUUACGAUUAAGGAAUUUCAAUGUUGUAGGAUAAGGUAGCUAGUUGUCAUUCUUCAUUAUACGGAACUAACGCAGAGGUCUCUCUCGGCACUCCGAGCCGGCACGUGGCGACACUCUGGCCGCGCGUCUCCUCGCAUCCUCCCAUUUUAAUUUUAAUAGCUAAAUGUUGUUGAAUUUGUUGAUAGAGUGGUUUAUUGUAAUUACUAUAGGUAGUCUAGUGGGUAUACACGCGAAGGUGGCAGCCGUUGGGUGCGCUAGGAUAGAGUAAGGUUCGAUACUGUGUUUAGGAAAAUGGCUGUGCGUUCAAGUCGAACUCAACAUUAAGACAUCACCAUAACGCUUGUUUCUGAUGGGCGCGAAUCGCACACGACGCUCGCGCGCUCUCCGCUCGGCGCUCGCUCGUGACUGUACUCGGCGGUACUCGGCGGUACUCGGCAAUACUCGGCUGCACUCGGCAGUGCUCAGAGCGCGCUCCACUCACUAUCUGUAUAUAAUUGCAUAACAUUUUUCAUUUACGUUACUCUCCUUGCUCAUUGUCAUCAAUUUAUUAAAGACUGAGGAAUCAACUCGCGCAUAUUGACAUCGUCACGAACGCGUCCCAAACGGUAGGGAUUUAAUUGUAAUAUAUAAUUGUUUAUUAAUCAUUAAAUUAAAAAUUUCGCUGUGUUUCAUGUGGGCUAGUCCGCCAGGGCGUAGUCGUGUGCGAUUCUCGCAGUACACUCGCGGUGUUUAACGUUUUCAUUGUUACACGUCAGUUUUAUUGUUAACGCCCAAGUUAAAGAUUUCCGUGAGUUGGCCGCUGCUGCGAGUGUACGGAGUGAGCGGGC